GCAUUGCCAACAGGGCCAUGGACAAGCUGAAGAAGGUACUGAGCGGCCAGGACACGGAGGACCGGGGCGGGCUGGCCGAGGUGAUUGAUACCCCUUCCUUAAGCUGGGGCACCAGAAUUAAAGGUUUCAUCGCGUGUUUUGCCAUCGGCAUUCUGUUCUCUGUGCUGGGAACCUUCUUGCUGUGGGUGCCUUCUAAAGGCCUGACCCUCUUUGCCGUCUUCUACACGUUUGGGAACAUCGCAUCACUAGGAAGUACACUCUUCCUCAUGGGACCCAUGAAGCAGCUGAAGAGAAUGUUUGAGAUGACGCGCUUGAUCGCCACCAUUGUGAUGUUGUUGUGCCUCAUACUGACCCUGUGCUCUGCCUUCUGGUGGAAGAACAAAGGCCUUGCUGUCAUCUUCUGCAUUUUGCAGUCUUUAGCCUUGACGUGGUACAGUCUUUCCUUCAUUCCAUUUGCCAGGGAUGCGGUGAAGAAGUGCUUCGCUGCGUGCCUGGCAUAAGCUGGAUAAGUACAUUCGCACUUUCGCUUCUCCCCCGACCAGUGCCUUCCAGCGUCUGCUUUGGGCCAGCCCUGAGGGGUCCGGGUAGCAAGCCGUCUCCCACACCCCGGAGGGAGCCCCUCUCGGACAAAUGACUGAAAACGAGUCUCGGUCCCUGGCUUGGGCCUCGCUGGAUUUCUAGGAAUUAAGAGAUCUCCAAGCGGGGGUUGAUGCCCAGCUAGUUCCCGCCCUGACCUCAGGGACGACUUCUCCUCCCAGCAGCCAGAGAGCCAUCUGGGUCCUGCCCCUCACCCCCCGUGGGCUGGUCACCCUGGCCCGGCCACCAUUUCAGAGAGGCCAGGGCCAUCCUCGCCGUGGGAGGCCAGGAGAGGAAAGAGGCUUCUGAUUAGGGUUCGGACAUUUAGCUCUCCCCGCUUCCACAUUCCACCUGAGAGUCCUGAUCUCUGGCCACAUCUCCUGCUUCCCGGUGCCCAUUUUUCCCGUGUUCUCUGCCCUCCCUUAUCCCAAACCAGGGCAGGAGCUGGUCUGAGAUGGAGCGACAAGGAGGCUGAAGCUGAAAGCAGGAAGAGGCCACUGGGGGUUGCCUUUCUGUCCUCCCCAACCCCCCACUCUUUUAUGCGUGACCCAUCUGUCCAUCCCCUUAGCCACACUUUGAGGUCACUCUGCCCCCUGCUCUUCCUCCAUCUCAGGAUGGAUCCCAGCGAAGGUGGCGUAAGCCAUCAUGCCGACCCUUCUCUCUCCCCGUGGGAAAUUUCCACCGGCCACCCUGUUUCUCCCUCCGUUUCCCCUCCCGUGGGUGCAAGCAAAAGUAGCUACAGCAUGUAAAUAUCAUGGUGGGC